CUGGCUCGCUCCCUCCCACCCUCCAAAGCUGUGAGUAGAGGCGCUAGGCCCUGAGCGGGGCGGGACGAGGGUGGGGGUUGUGUUCUGCCCUCGCCCUUCGCCAACGCUGGGCUGACUGAAAACAUGGCCCUUCAGGAUAAGUGCCCAAGAGUGCAAUUGCUGAGUCAUAUGAUUAAAUGAUGCUGUUUGGAAAAGUUUCCCAGCAGUUUUAUGGAUUAAAGAAACUCCCAUGGUCAUGUGACUCCAGAUACUUCUGGGGCUGGUUGAAUGCCGUGUUUAAUAAGGUGGAUUAUGAGCGCAUCAGGGAUGUUGGCCCUGACAGGGCAGCAUCCGAGUGGUUGCUGCGCUGUGGGGCCAUGGUACGCUACCAUGGUCAGGAGAGGUGGCAGAAGGACUACAACCACCUCCCAACAGGCCCUCUGGACAAAUACAAGAUUCAGGCGAUUGAUGCCACCGACUCUUGUAUCAUGAGCGUUGGAUUUGAUCACAUGGAGGGCCUAGAGCAUGUUGAAAAAAUAAGGCUGUGCAAGUGUCAGUAUAUCGAGGAUGGCUGUUUGCUGAAACUUAGUCAACUUGAAAAUUUACGAAAAAGCAUAUUGGAAAUGGAAAUAAUAUCCUGUGGGAAUAUCACAGACAAAGGCAUCGUUGCUUUGCGUCAUUUAAGAAACCUCAAAUAUUUGUUGUUAAGUGAUCUUCCUGGAGUAAAAGAAAAAGAAAAUCUUGUCCAAACCUUUAAGACAGCACUGCCUUCUCUGGAACUAAAAUUACAAUUGAAGUAAAAGAAUGUGUCUUAUUUCAGUAUAAAGGAUCAUUUGAAACUGUUGUUUCUAAAUGUCAAUUAAUAUUAUAUAAUCGGUAGAAUUAUAAGGAUGCCAUAUCAUGACAUUUUAGAAGUGGAGAGUGCAUCAUAUGUAGAAACUAUUCAGAUGUGACUCACUAAUGUUACUAAGUUGGAAGUGAGAAUUUAUGUGCAUUAAUACACUUUAAGAAAAAUGCAGCUGUGCAUGGUGGCUCACACCUGUAAUCCCAGCAUUUUGGGAGUCCAAGGCGGGCAGAUCACCUAAGGUCAGGAGUUCAAGACCAACCAUCGCCAACAUGGCGAAACCCCAUCUCUAUUAAAAAUACAAAAUUAGCUAGGUGUGGUGGUACAUGCCUAUAAUCCCAGCUACUCUGGAGGCUGAGGCAGGAGAAUCACUUGAACCCAGGAGGUGGAGGUCGCAGUGACGAUUGUGCCACUGCACUCCAUCCUGGGCAAGAGAGCAAGACUCCAUCAGUGACCCAAGAUUGUGCCACUGCACUCCAUCCUGGGCAAGAGAGUGAGACUCCAUCUCAAAAAAAAGAAAAAAAAAUGCAAACUAGGUAACAUUUUAAUUCUAAUAUAUUCUUCACUUAGGUAAAUCUAGAGAUAUCUUUUGAUGUAGACAUUUGUCUGGAAUCCUUUAAAGUUAUUUGAACAACAGAUAUUUUUAUUGUGUUAUAACAAUAAUUUACAUUAAAUUUAACUUUAAAGUUAGUGAAGCAUACUACCAUAAAUGCACAAUUAUGAGAAAUUAGAAGCUAAAUUACACAUUCAUUGAUGGAAUCAGUUAUGCAAAGUCUUCAGCGGUUGUUGAGGCAUGCAUUACAUAUUGCUUCCCAAGAUUUGCAUGCAUUUCUCAUGAUCCUGCAUUCUUGUGUUUUCAUACCAUACAUCCUUUCUCAAAAUCAACAGUUGCUGCUUAAUUUGUCUACUUUGUAAACUUAAGCUAGCAUUUUAUUAAAACUGGAUAUAGCUACUUGGCUGAAUUCACACAGUUUUGCAGAUUGCAAUAUAAUAAAGGAAACAAUCAUAAAAACCAGUAGGCUAUGCUUAGGUUUUUCUUAAAACCUAAAAUUGCUUUAGGCUGGGUGCCGUGGGUCAUGCCUGUAAUCCCAGUACUUUGGGAGACUGAGGUGGAAGAUCACUUGAGGCAAGGAGUUUGAGACCAAUUUGGGUAACACAGUGAGACCCUAUCUUUAUAAAAAAUUUUUAAAAAUUAGCCAGGCAUGGUGGUGCACAUCUGUAGUCCCAGAUACUUGGGAGGUCGAGGUGGUAGGAUCACUUGAGCUCAGGAGUUUGAGGCUGCGGCAAACUAUGAUCAUGGCCACUGAACGCCACCCGGGAAGCCUGGGUGAAAGAGGAAGACCCUGUCUGUCUCUUAAAAAAUUGAGCCUGGGAAGUCAAGGCUGCAAUAAGCUAUGUUGGCACCACUGUACUUCAGCCUGGUCAGCAGAUUAAGACCUUGUCUCAAAAAAAAAAAAAAAAAAAGUCAAAAAUGGAUAAAACAGGUUACCUGUGUGAAAUGGCCCUGAUUCUAUUACUGUUCUAUGCCAGCUUGUUUAUAGAUUUCUUUGUUUGUGGUUUGAACAUAUUUUUUUUUUUUUUUUUGAGAUGGAGUCUCGCUGUUGCCCAGGCUGGAGUGCAGGGGCAUGAUCAUGGACCACUGCAACCUCCGCCUCCCAGAUUCAAGCAUUUCUCUGCCUUAGCCUCCCAAGUAGCUGGUAUUACAGGAGCCCACCACUAUGCCAGGCUAAUUUUUGUAUUUUUAGUAGAGAUGGGGUUUCACCAUCUUGGCCAAACUGGUCUUAAACUCCCAACCUCAUGAUCCACCCACCUAGGCCUCCCAGAGUGCUGGGAUUACAGGUGUGAGCCACCACACCUGGCCUGGUUUAAACAUUAUUAAGCAGUUGAAUAUAAACUUGAAAAUAAUUUUCAAAUAAAUACUUUCUAUGAUACAGCUUUCAGGUAGAAAAAUUAAUUUUUGUGUAUUUAAAAACCAGCUUAUACAAAUAGCACAUAGAUAAAUGGUCAACUGUUUACUAAUUGCCACUGUCAUUUUAAAAAAUCAGAAAAGUAAAUAAAAGGAUGUGGAAGAGUC